AUGCAGGAGGAGAAGGAUGGGAAAAGUAAGAAUUCCACUGAGCACGAUCCUGAAGAGAAAAGGCAACUGGAUUGGACCCAUUCUGCAAAACGUGCUUUCUACACGAUCUCGUUAAAGGUAAAAUUAAAGGAUUUAAGGACCAGGAAGAAGAAGAAUGCAGAUGCUCGAGAUAUUCGGAUCACAUGUAGCAGAUUAGCAUUGCUAUCAGUAUUACGUAGUUGGGCUGGAACUUUACAGUUUUGUAAUCCAGAUAAACCUUCUGGUCUUUCAUCUAUAAUAUCCAUUUUGUAUUUGAACCAACUAGAAGUCAGGAGAGCUGUGUUGGAUCUUCUGUAUGAAUUAGUGGGUUUGCCACAACCUGUUUGGACUGAUGAAUAUUCUGUGGCGGUGGCUGCUUUGGAUCCUACUGACUUUCAGGAUCAAUGGCGACUAAAUGAAGGAUUUGUAGUUGCAGAAUGUCGUAGUAUUCUUCCUACAUUAGUUAGUACUGUGCCAAGUCCCGCAGAACAACAUUUAGCAUUGCUUUUAUACUGUUUACUCAAUUCAGGGGUUCUUUCAGCCCUUGUUGAGGUCAUCGUAGCUUCUGAUACAUUUAUUUCAGUUAGAGCUACUAUUCUUUUAGGGAAAUUAUUAAAUAUGAUGCAUAUACUGUUGCCUCCAGAAAUUUAUAAUACAAGUCCAGCUUUGCCAAGUUUGAUAGCUUAUGCUUCAUCAAACAAACCGCAGGCUCUUGCUGCUGUUUCAGUAUUGGAGAACUUAAAUGCAAUUAUGGAAUGCAAGCCAGCUUCCGCAAGUGUAUUUUUGGAUCAGAUAUUGCUUUCAGGAUGCUUAGUUAAAUCUGACUGUAAUCUUAAUGAAUCUCAAAGUCCGACUUCAGACAUAUCACAUUUUGAUACUUCUAAUGUAAGCCAAGAGAAAUCUAUAAAGUUGCCAAAGAAAAAUAAGAUUUUUAAAUUUUUUACGGGUCUAAGUAAAGUUGAAGAUUUAAUUCGAGAUUCAAAUGUUUUAAUUGAUAAAGAUGGUGCUUCUUGGAAUUGGAAUGUAGUGAGAGCUGUUUUAAAAAGCACUCCAAAAGGUGUUUCUGAUGAAUCACAUUUGCGUUUCUUUCGGCGACUUGUGCAAUAUUUUUCACCAAGUUGUAAUCGUUUUUCUCACCAAGAUUUGGGACAUGGACGAAAUUCUUCACUUUGCGUAUAUGCUGGACUUGAGUUAGUUGAUUGGCUAGUCCGAUCUUCCCAUCCUGAUUAUACAUGUCUUCUGCUUGAACUGUUUACUGAUAUUUCUUCACAUGUUACUGCCAUUAGCAAAUCAAAAAGUGCUCAUGAAUGCCUUUUUAGUCCUCAACAUAUGUUGGCCACUUUAUGCCAAAUGUAUUUUCUGUACAUUGGUAGAUUAUGCAAAUACGAGAAAGGUUUAGAAUUACUGCAAGAAACCGAUAUAUUUUCAGAGUUUUUUAAUAUUGUGGAAACAACUAAUCACAUUUGUUAUGUGAAAUUGAUUGUUUCUGGACUAGAUUACACGUUAGAUGCAAGUCCCAGAAAAAUUCUAACUGCAGCGCUUCAGAGUCCUGUUCUAAAAUCCAGACUGUAUGCUACUCAAUUUUUAAUUGUUUUACUUAGAACAAAAGCUGUAGACUUUGUUGAAUGGGGAAUGCCAUUGUUAAUUAAGCAGAUAAAUGAUAAGGAAACAAGCAUUUCUCAAGUUGCUCUGGAAAUUUUGACCGAAGCUUGUCAUGAUCAGUUGUAUUUGAAAAAGCUAAUGAAAAUUUGGCCAACAUUGCUAACUCUUGGAGAUCAGGGAAGAUUAUUAAGAACACGUUUAUUUUCAAAAUUAGAAUCUUUAAAUUGUAUGACACGUGAAGAAAUUGUCACAGAAGUAGAACACUGGGCAAAUUACUAUAAUAAAAGAUAUGUAUUAAUUGUUGAAUCAGAAACACAUUGCUCUCUAACACAAAACAAUCGCAAUGCUGAUAUUACAUACAGUCAACGAGUGAAUUCAACUAGAAAUAGUAACACAUUAAUACUGCCCACAUUGCCCCCACAUCUGUAUGGACAAAUUAUUUGCACAAGUGUCGGUUUAGAAAUUUUACAAGGCCAUGGUAUGAUAAACGAAAUGAUUCAGUUUAUAGCUGAAGGGGUUAGCUCAAAUGAAAAUGACAUUCUUCAUAUGAAGGCGUGUAUCUGGGCAAUUGCACAUAUGACAACGAGUGCACAAGGUUUAAAAUACUUGUAUUCAAUUUGUGAAGACGUUAUAUGUAACAUAAUCAAACUUGCUAAAUAUUCUGAAGUCUAUUCUGUGCGAGCAACUGCUUUCUUUGCUCUGGGCUUGAUUGGUUCUACAUUCUUUGGUGCAAAUUUGUUACGAAAAUUAGGUUGGGUGUGUGUUCAGCAUAACAGAAAUGAAACAUGGCCAAUAAUACUGAAGGAUAAUCUUCAUGAAACCUUAAAUAAAUCUCGAUUGAUAUCACAAUCUUUUUACCGGGAACCACGAAGUUGGUUAGCAAAUCCUGAUAUUGAGAAAAGUUCUGAUUCUUUUUCCAGCAGUAGUUGGAAAGAGUACGGAACAUUUGGUAGAAAUUAUGAAACAAGUUCAAUAUCAGACCACUCAAAAAUUGAUACUGCUCUGACCACCGAUUACGAUUAUUCUAGUGAAAACCAUAACACUAAUAUGCAAAGUAGUACAACUUCCUUGAAUUCUCUAGAAACUCAUGGUAAAACGGAAAGUAAAUCUGAUAGCAAACUUUUAGAUUUUUGGAAAGAUUGUGGAUUUUCCUCACGGACAUUUACUGAUUUUACAAAAGUUCAUGAUUCUUUAGAAAACCCUAGAGAUAAUAUUGGUCCUUGCUAUAUGGGAAUCUGUCUUCCCAUAAAUAUAAAUGAUAUGUUUCCAUCUGAAGGAACUGAAAAGAAUAAUGAAUCUAUAAAUCAAGAUAUAGAUAAAUCAAGUGGCUGGUUGUCUGAGAAAAAUUAUAAUAUUCAAUUUGAUAUGAGUAAUUUUGAUAAUGAAACAUCAUUUAAGCAUGAUAAACAAAACUGUUUGCUGUGUUGUAGAUCAGGAAAAGUUCAAUUCAAACCAAAUGUUUUGCCUAAAAUUAUUGAUUGUGAUGAGAGCAUUUCUCAAAGCUUUAGCAUGACUCAUAUAGAUGAUAAGAAGUUAACAUUUUUGAUUUUAAAACAUAUUCAGCGAACAGCCAAUCCAGUAUGGUAUAAGCAAUCGAAACAGUCUUUACUAGAACUUAAACAAGCUCAUCCUCUAGCUUUCCAGGACAUUUGUUUGUAUUCUGAUAUGUGUAACAGUAUGUCAAACAGUACCUAUAGACUUAAUGCCAGAAGGUUUCUCCAAGAAUUAUUUUUGGACCUAAACUUCAAUCAGUUUUUCAGUGAAUGUGAAUAUAUAUUAACCAAUUUGCCAUCGUUAGAUUUUAUUUUACAUCAAGAUACAGAAAGUAAUACUGAAGAGUCGGAUGAUCAAGCCUCUACUUCUCAGAGUCAUUAUUCUAUGGGAAAUAAAGGUUUUAGUAAGAAAGAUGAAUUUAAUUCUUCACAAGAAUUAAAACAAGAAAGUUCACAGAACUGCAUAGCUUCUACCUCAAGUAAAAUUGAACCAAUUCAAAAGACUGAUGCUCUGCGAGUGAAUGUUUUGAACUUAAGUUGUACAAAAAAUAAGUUUCCAAUUACAAGCAGAAUUGCUUCCCAAAGUGUCGAUCAAAAACCUAGUUUUUUGAAUAAUAUGAGGAUUAACUAAUUGUUCAAGAUUCCAAUUAUUUUGAGGUGGUCUUCCAUACAAAGUGUAUCCUGGGCACGACGGUGGAGCACUGACGGAAAAGCGAAAACAGAGACGCAUUCGGACUACGUUUACAUCGGCCCAGCUCAAGGAAUUAGAACG